GUCUGGAGUACAAACCAUUGUAGUCAUGAACAGCCGAGCCAAUGCGAGCUUGUGCGUGAGGAAUGCUCGAAAUUUCAGGAGUAUUACCACGCCAAAACAAUAUGGACCAUGACUGUAUAAAGCCUAUUGCGUAUGUAGAGGUUUGUGGCCACAGGAUCCAUGAAAUGGGAAUCAGACCUUUCAUCGUCGUGUGUAUGAGAUGAGACAAGCACUACUCGUGACGAAGCAUGUGAGAUAUCGGCAUUGAAGCUUCAUCGGCAAUGGUUGCUGUGCACCUUGGCUGGCUAGGAUGACUUUUUCCUGCAAACAGGAGCCGAUUAACUGAAGUAUUGGAUGCAUGUAGUCCCCGCUGUGAAUAAUUUUGUAAUAUUGACACAUCAAAGAGUCGCUGGUUACCCCAAGCCUUCCUGGACGAACGGAGAGUUCCACACAACUGCGAGCGAUAAUUACCAAAGACGUCACAUGACUUCAAAGUUUUCUGAUUCUUUCCACGCUUCCGGGGCUGUCGUCCAAUCAUCCGCAUCCAAUCUCAACCUCCUAAAAUAUUCAUGCGCAGUGCAAGCGGAAUCAUGCGGGGCGCGCACACGCCUCGGUGGUCUUGAAGUCGCAUCCCUGUGCUGCAUGGACUCUCGCCCGUGGGCGUUUAUGAGAGCCUACGACACGGGUUUCUUAAUGUGCGAGAGGGGUCGCGAGCCAGUGUUUUGUUGAGGGAGAUGUUUUCAAGUCGAUUAGUGGAUGUCAACGCUUCAGCUGUGGGCGACGUUAGGAAACAGACAGCACUUAGCUGCUCGUGAAUUGGACUAGCGACCCACUUGCAUUUACUUGAGAGUCGGCGGCGGUACUUUCUAGUGGUGAGAUGUUCUUUGUCAUUUUACGCACGCAGCGUAAUUACGGCGCGCUGUUCAGGCUGAUGUAAUCUAAUUGAGCAGCACGGCAUUUUCAUUUUUCCCAUUUACUUGCCUGGAAUAACAUCGGCACUGUUGGCAGCGCGAGUGAAGCGACUAUAGCGGGAGCUGACGGGUACGAGCCACACCGCACAAACACGACUGGCCAUCACGGAAGGGUCCAAGCCUUCAUCCUGUAUCUCGCUGACUUCGCCACUACAGACGAGAGGUUGAUGUCACGCCGCGCGGAAGCGAUCAUUCAUGUUUGCUCUAGACUCCUCGAGUGCUGCAUGGUCAUCUUGGAGCAGAUUGCCCGCGGACAACAGUGGCUUCUGGACAGUUUGUGUGGGGGCAUGAGAGCCGUUUGAAUUAUACAAGUAACUGAGUAUUUAUUUCUUUGGACUGGCAACACCAAGAAACGUGCGGUAAACGUGAGGUACUUGCUGCUGAAUGACAGAGUCGGUACACGGUACACGGUACACGAUCGUUUGGACUUAAAAUCACACACUACCUCGCUUUUCAACCCAGUGGUCCAUGGAAAGAAACCACAACAGAGAACUGACUAUUAGGAUACAAGGAUCUUCGAACUUCAUCCUUUCAUCAGUGCCAAUUGAUAGAGAGCAGUCAAGACGACAGUUUGAGUGCGGUGUACACCUUAAACCACGUCGCAGAAGAGUGGUUGCUCAGUCUUCGAAGAGGAUUGGUGAUCUAAGUACUGGCUCCCGUUCAAUCGACGUUAAGUAUUUCUCAUCCUUAACACUUCUCUGUCCAAACACGCUGCCACCGCCGAAGACGUUGAAAAAAGUGCCUAGCAACGAUGUAUUGUUACCAGUGUUCGUCAAUUCACGCGCCGGCUUCACAGCUCAAUGUCUCGUCGGGAACUUGUGAAGAAUCCGGUUGCUCUUAUGGAGAUUUAUCAUACGUAAGUGACGCCGACGAUGGGUUUGCCCGAAGAAAGCAACGACGAAACCGAACAACAUUCACCUUGCAACAGCUCGAAGAACUAGAGACCGCCUUCGCCAAGACGCAUUACCCGGAUGUGUUCACACGGGAGGACCUGGCCAUGAGGAUCAACUUGACCGAGGCCAGAGUUCAGGUCUGGUUUCAGAACCGAAGAGCAAAAUGGCGAAAGGCAGAGCGAAUGAAGAGUGAGCAGAAGGUCGGAGGUCACACCAGCGACUCCAACUCCACCGACGACUCGACCAAGGCCGAGGCCGACAACUCGCCCGAGUCCACCACCGGUGCGGAAGCCGAGGAGUACAUCAACGCCGAGAGGACUUCGACAAGUCCACGCGCGGCCGUCUCGCCGGCUGUCGUCGCGCCGAGGUCCGGCAUUGCGGCCGCGGCCUUGUCGCCCGGAUCUCUACGACAAGGACAAGCCCCUGUAUUGUGGGCGGGGCCUGUCCCACCAGGGUUGGAGAGAUACAACCCAAGUCUCUGCACGUUUCCUGCCUCAAUGACGACGCCUUACGCAUCACAACUCAUAUCAUAUGCUGCACGAAAAGGAUCUUACAAUCCAUUUAUGUAUGGCAGUUACAGCCUUGCAACCAGUCUGAAGUCUCCGCCUAUGUCAUCUUUCGCUGUGCUGGAAACGCAAGAAAAGAGGUCCCUCAGCUUGGCAGCCCUACGCAUGCGUGCCAGAGAAUACAGCGAAGCUGUUGCUAGGGCGGCCGUGGGGGGCCCUCCAUCAUGUGACCAGCGGGGUAGCGACCACGGGUUCAGAGCAUCAAAUCGAAGUUAAAUUAGUCGAAGUCAAGCGUGUUGAUAAGUUGUGUAAAACGAUGAUUGUUCCAAGAAAUAACACACCUCAAAGAUCACUCCACUAUGGGUUCCUCGAAUCUUGAGAUGAAAGGGGUACCGUUUGUGGUAAAAAAAAUAUAUAUCUGCACUCCAACUUGCUGCAUGUAUUCUUAUUUAUAUUGCAUACAUUUACUAAUUUACAAUUUACCUGUGGUUUGGCUAUGUGACAGUUGGGUUUUAUUUACAAAAUCAAUUUUUCAACAAUAGAUAACUAAUUUGAUAUGAGUGACUCUCUAAACUAUACAAGAGCGUGUGCACCUAGGUAUUCAAUAUUGGAUUUGGAUGGCGUUCCACAGGUCAACCUCGGUGCAGGAUAUUUUUAUACGUGACGCUGAAUAAAUUAUGUUCAAGUUUUCAGUAAUGUUUUUAAAAUGAUGCCGGUUGAAAGCAUGGUGGCAGUUACACCACUUCAAAUGUGACAGUUAGGUUCACACUGGACCAGGUUGCGGACGUCAAGACGUCCUUGUUAAAUCCCAUUUCCUUCACACCUGAUGUUGUGUGUACUUUUCUUGACUUCUAUUACAAAAUCAAAUGAAGAAAAAUGAAAAUGAACGUAAAAAUACACAUGUACUUUUUUGACACGAAGUAUAUUUUACUCAAGAACACGAGGAUAUUUUCCAGACCUUACGGAUCACUUUCUUAUUUAAUAAGUCACCAUAUCAAUAAUGAUUUCGGCCUGGCACAACCCGCGCGUGUUUAUGGUGAUAAUUCAUUCAUGUGGUAAGUUGUAAUGACAGUCUCUGUUACAUGUCCCGGUUACAUUAUUACUUUAACUGCAAGACUUUUGUAUGCUGUCUUUACGAACUACCCAGAGGAUUGCUUUCAUGUUAUAGUAAUUUCACAUUAAAAUAAAGAGCGACAAGCGGGUACUUCCCGCUGACGCUAUUUGCUUUAUGAUUAUUAAAAAAAAAAACAGGAAAAGAAAUGCAGGUUUCAUUUUGGGUUGUUUGAACACAAGAACACUUGUUUGUCUUGGGACUUAUUUUGAACUUUUAAUAGAAAUUGAUGUGUGUGAGGCAGAUGUGGUGUUAUCACAGUUUUAUCGAAAUUAAAUCUAGCUUGGGCACAUAUGGUCAAUGGUAUAGUUGCCGAUGUCAUAAAAUACUAUAGCAUAAUAUAAUUUUACACUAAAAACUUUGUCAUUCUCUGACUUUCACUUUAUCUAUGAAACCUUUUAGAUUUGGUGUCAUAUGGAAAGUAAUUUUGACUUACCACAAUCGAUAUUGGUGUGAGCUAAGCCAGUGUUAUCAGUCCAGCUUUAAAUGUCGGUGCUCAGUUCUAAAGCGCUGUUUUUGCAGUUGGUCUUUCACACGACAUGCUGCAUUAUAAUUCAAUUUUUGUACUUUCCUUUGAUCGAUAUUGUAAGGAAAGUAAGGAGGACCUUUCUGUAAUUGACCUUCAGACUGGUGAAGUCAUGGAUUUAGAACCAGUCGUUGAAGUGGCGCACCCCAGUUGACUGAUGUAUGCGGGGACACGCACUUAAUCUGUCGACCAGCCCGAGGUUCGAUCUGCGCGCUCCCUGCUUAAAUCCAAUCAAAUUUUCGAUGCCUUGGGGUCACGGCCCUUCAACUUGUUAGUCUUUCAGCGUUAACAAGUUUUUAUCUUGUCAGGAAGGUAGGCGUGUGGAAUGCUUGAGGGGCAGAGAGGGGACUUUGGGCAGAGGAAAGAGCACAGUGCAAUCGCCCCUCGUCAUUGAUUUGCAGAUUGCUCAUUGAAUUAAAGGAGGGUUCAAGGUUAAUUGGUUUGGGAAAAAAGAAUAUUUUAUUCAGAGGUGCGAGCAUACACCUGUUUAAGUUACAUUUUUAUGCAUUUCUCUUCCCGAUUUAUUGUGUAUUGGAGCUAUAUGACAAUCACAUGUAAAUAAAGAUGGACAACGAUGUAUGUAAUAAUGCGCCCAA